AUGGCGUACAACCACUAUACGGCCAUCUGCAACCCUUUGCUUUACCCAGCCAUCAUGUCUCACAGUGUCUGCAUCCUGCUGGUGGCCAGUUCGUACGUGCUUGGCCUGCUGCACUCUUCGGUGCACAUGGACUUCACCUUCAGCCUGCCUUUCUGCCGGCCAGCCGAGGUCAACCAUUUCUACUGCAACCUCAUGCCUGUUCUAGCGCUCUCCUGCUCCGUCUCCACAUCAACACGUGUCAGCCUCGCAGGACUGGUGGAGAUGGUCACCAUCUUGGCCAUCCUGGUCUCCUACGCCUUCAUCCUCUCUGCCGUCUCAAAGAUCAGCUCUGCUAAGGGCCAGCACAAAACCUUCUCCACUUGCACCUCUCACCUGGCUGGAGUGGCCAUCUUCCAGGGGUCUAUCGUCACCUGA